AUGGUCGCCCUUGCACCUAUUGCGGAUAUGGUUCCUGCCUUAUACCCGGAAAAAUCCAUCAUGAAUCAGUUUGUUGCCUCCGAACAAGGUCAUUCAGCUGAAAAAGCACCAAUUAUUCUUGACGCAAUGGACUUAGCGUCGUCUUCGGAAUCUACUAGGGUCGCCCCCCUGGUGAUUACCGCAAACGGAAAUGCAUCUACACAACAGAAAGAAAACGGAGUCAAUGGCCACGAGAUAUCCACUACAAUCUCUGAAAUCCCCUCAAAUCUGCGCAAAAUGGCCGUCGAUAUUUUGAAAGUAAUUGAAAGUUAUGGUGUUGAUUAUGAGAAAAUUGGUGCGUCCUGGAAGGGGCUGGAGUCCUUCGUACCCACUGUUAUGGCACAGGUCGAGAAGCAGGAACCAAUUCGUAUGAUUCUUCCUGCUUUUCCCUUUAAAUCGCCCAAUUCUCGUGAUAAGGUCUUGGGUGUUUUACCUGACUUUGGGGAGGAAUUGGCUCUUGCUCACUUGAAUGGACUGUGUGAGAAUAUCGCGCAGAUAUACGAACCUGGCGCGGAUGUAUACAUUAGCUCGGAUGGGCUGGUCUAUAAUGAUCUACUCGGGGUCCCAGACGAGGUCGUUUGGGACUAUGGAGAAACUUUGCGACAUAUGGCCGUAGAGAAAGGCCUGACCCAUGUGAAAUUUAUUCGCCUUUUCGAGCUACUUGAACAUCCAUGGUUUAAAACUGAUAGCCCAGAAACAGCAAAGUCUUAUUAUCUAUCACAUGCAUGCUGUCUUCGUCGCGAGCUGAUGUUUGUCUUCGGCGACCCAACUUUUAACGCAGACGAGGCAAUUAAGACAGACAAUGAUACAUGUCUGACAUAUCGCGGGUACAUCAAGUUCUUGACCAAGGAUCUGGCUCAUCAGAAACAGCCUGAGUCGCUCUCUAAACGUGGUAGACAGGCUCAAAUUGCAUACACGGCACGUCAGAUGAUCAUCCGCGGGAAGAUGUUCGCAGCCGCCAUCCGAGCAAAUCGCAAGGAUUAUGUGCGACUCUCCAUCCACGAGUCUGCUGGCGAGAAGAAAUUAUCUGUUUCAUUGAUUCCUCAAGCUCGAGGUACUCUGGGGUUUACACCAUGGCAUGCGUCUGUGGCUAUUGGGCUUGAUGGAACAUAUCGCACCGUCCAUGCGGAGAAUGUGCGCGAAACACACGACCUCGUAUACAAAAAUGGACGACCAUAUUUCUUCCGCGAGAAAUCGGAUAUUUUUGACUGGGCUUCUGAUGGUCUCUCUGUCAAAUUUGAACAUUUAUAUCCAUGCGGUCUUAUUAUCCGUCCCUCGGAUAUCGACAACGUGAACCCGCCACCUUCUAUCACUGCGAUUCCCAUGCACAAAGUCCGGCAACUAUCGAACACAAUGUCUCCUGUCAUUCUUCGUGGAUUUGCAGAGACUGUCAACGAGGAUCUUUACUUAAGAGCCGGAUCUGAGCUUGGCAAAAUUCUUCCUGGAGCUUUGGUGUUAUUCAAAAAGUGCGCGACGCAGGCCGCUCCGAUAAAAUGGUUUGAAGAUUUCACUGAUCCUAUCACUGGGGAGACCAAGAAAGUCCAGCGACCUCCCGGUUACCAGUUCUUCACUUGUCCUGCUACUGCACCCAAAGGAAGCGGGUAUACUUUAUUCGCUAGCUCUCGACUCUUGUUCCGAUAUCUACCUCUACCAUGGACAGCUCAGCGUCUUGAAAAUGUUACAUGGGCAAUGGAUAAUGAUGGUUUCUGGGAUGCGAAACUUGAGAAUCUACCGCUGACCGUGACGCAUCCUGUUUCGGGGCUUCCUUGCUUGCGCUGGCAUCAGCCGUGGGAUUCUACCAAGACCAAAUUCUCGACUUGUGCUGUGAGGGUUGAGAACGAGGACCCGACCUUGGUGGACGUUAUUGACCGUGUUACAUAUGAUCAUCGUGUCUGUCUCCGGUUUGAAUGGGAGAAGGGCGAUCUUUUGAUCAAUGAUAAUACGGCUAUGCUACAUACUCGCACUGGGUAUGUUAGUGACUGCGAUCGGGAACUUUGGCGCAUUCAUUUCGACUAA